AUGGUGCCAAGUAGUGUGUGGGAAAUGGGGAAUGGUUCAAUAAAAGGCUCCCGGUUGGAGCAGACUUGCCUGGCCUCCGGUCUGAAGGAGCAGCCCGUCUGGGAAUCUGCGGAGCCCCUGAAGCUGAGAAUCGCCCGGCUGGAGGAAGAGCUUGCCCGCAGAGACCAAGAGCUACGUGCCCAGGAGCAGCAGCUGCAGACCCUGCAGAAAGAACUGGAGGCCAAAGUCUCUCAGAUCGACAAGCUCCAAGACGCGAUCGGCUACAACGGCCUCGGCCGGUCGCCUCCGGCUCCUCUGAGGCACAGUCGUCGGCUGCUGGGCGUGAUUAACCAAGGGUCCGCGCGCUUCCACAGAGUGGCCGUGGAGGUCCACAGGCGACUGAAGGCCAAAGAGGGAGUGUCGGCCGAGCCCACGUCGGGGCACUUCUGCAGCGGGCACAGGGUCCAACACAUCUCCAUAGAGAGAGCGCAUGUCCGCAAAGACUCCAGUACGAAAAAGCUGAUUAACGAGGCCAUCAUGAAUAAUGACUUUCUGAAGAAGCUGGAGUCGCAGCACAUGCGUGAGAUGGUGGAGUGCAUGUAUGAGAAAGUCUACUCGGCCGACCAGCUGGUCAUUCAGGAGGGGGAACCGGGGAACUACCUGUAUGUUCUAGCAGAUGGUUUACUUGACGUCAUACAGAACGGGAAACUCCUGGGCCAGAUGCGACCUGGGACGGCCUUCGGAGAGUUGGCCAUACUGUACAACUGUAAGAGGACGGCCACUGUGAAAGCUGUGACCCAGUCCCACAUCUGGGCUCUGGACAGACAGACCUUCCAGACCAUCAUGAUGCGCUCCACUCAGGCCAGACACGAGGAAUACUUCAGCUUCCUCCGCAGUGUGUCUUUACUGAAAGAUUUGCCAGAAGAAAAGCUUGCAAAAAUCGUGGACUGUCUCGAAGUGGAUUACUUUGACGAAGGGGAGUACAUUAUUCGUGAGGGAGAGGAAGGCAACACUUUCUUCAUUAUAGCCAAAGGAGAGGUGACAGUAACACAGAGCACGGAUGGCUGUCCUGAGCCACAGGAGAUAAAGACUCUGGGUGUGGGAGAUUACUUUGGGGAAAAGGCCCUCAUAAGUGAGGAUGUCCGAUCGGCAAACAUCAUUGCAAAGGAGAAUGACACGCAAUGUCUAGUCAUAGACAGAGAUACCUUUAACCAGACAGUGGGAACAUAUGAGGAGCUGCAGGCCUAUCUGAGGGAGUAUGUAGAGCAGUUGUCACGCAGCGACGAGAGAAGAAACGCACUGCCUCAGUCUCCUCUGUACGACUGGGGUCCCGACGGCUCGGAGCUGAAACGACUCAGGGAGAAGGUGGCCCAUCUCUCCAGUGGCUCUCCCUUCCAGAACCUUCAGAUAGUGGCCACUCUGGGUAUGGGCGGCUUUGGCCGAGUGGAGCUGGUCAAGCUGAAAGAUGAGGACACAACAUUUGCCUUGAAGUGCAUCAAAAAGAAGCAUAUUGUGGACACAAGACAACAGGAGCACAUUUACUCAGAGAAGAAUAUCCUCCAACAGACAAACUCCAACUUUAUUGUCAGAAUGUUCCGGACCUUUCGAGAUGAUAAGUAUGUGUAUAUGCUGCUGGAGGCCUGUCUGGGAGGAGAGUUGUGGAGUGUUCUAAGGGACAUGAGCUACUUUGAGGACUCCACCGCUCGGUUCUGCAUCGGCUGCGUCCUGGAGGCUUUUGAUUACCUUCACGGUAAGGGGAUCGUGUACCGUGACCUGAAACCGGAGAAUCUUCUCUUAGACGGGGAAGGCUACGUCAAAAUGGCAGAUUUUGGCUUCGCUAAGAAGAUUGGACUGGGAAAAAAGACAUGGACGUUCUGUGGCACACCAGAGUAUGUAGCCCCGGAGGUCAUAAUGAAUAAAGGUCAUGACUUCGGGGCUGACUGCUGGUCGUUAGGAAUACUCAUCUUUGAGUUACUCACAGGCAGUCCACCUUUCACAGGUUCUGACCCGAUCAAAAUCUACACCAUGGUCCUCCAUGGCAUCGAGAGGGUGGACAUUCCCAAACGGAUUUGCAAGCGUCCAGAGGACCUCAUCAGGAGACUUUGCAAGCUCAACCCAGCAGAGAGAUUAGGCAACAAGAAGAAUGGCAUCAUUGAAAUCAAGAAACACAAAUGGUUUCAAGGCUUUAACUGGGAGGGUCUGAGACGAAGGAAGCUGACAUCUCCAUUAAAGAGAGAGCUUAAGGGACCACUGGAUCAUAGUCAUUUUGACAUGUUUCCUCCAGAACCGGAGGAACCUCCGGAGGAGCUGUCGGGCUGGGACAAGGACUUCUGA